ACGUAAGACGCAGGGAGCGGCCGCUCAUAUUAUAUUGUUGAUGUUCUUCGAGGUGGACGUUUCUGCCGGUGGUGAUUUAUACGGCGGGUGUAAUAAAUACUCACUCUUGGAGAUUAGCUGAAGUUGAACUUCGCGUCGGGAACAAGUGUUGCGUUAGGAGGCUGUAACAAAGUAAAGUACCAUGGAGUUUCCAGAUUUGGGGGAACACUGCUCGGAGAAGUCUUGCAAGCGCCUGGAUUUUCUACCCAUGAAAUGUGAUGCUUGUGAAGAAAUCUUUUGCAAAGACCACAUCACUUAUAUAAACCACAAGUGCACCUCAUCUUACAAGAAGGACGUCCAGGUUCCUGUAUGCCCUCUCUGCAAUAUGCCCGUCCCUGUCAACAGAGGGGAAAUCCCGGAUAUGAAAGUGGGAGAACACAUCGACCGGGAGUGCAAGUCGGACCCGGCUCAGAGAAAGAAGAAGAUUUUUACAAAUAAAUGCUCCAAGGGGGGCUGCAAGCAGAAGGAAAUGAUCAAGGUGACAUGUGACCAGUGUCAUUUAAACUACUGUAUCAGGCACAGACAUCCUUUGGACCAUGACUGCAAGGCUGACAGCCGGCCCAUAUCCAAGUCUGGACAUGCUGCCUUGAUACGAUCGCAGGAUGCUACUGCUAGUAAUGGCAACGUAGCCUCCAGUAGGGGGAGCUCAAGAUCUGUUCCUAACGGUCUGAACGCUAACGCCAGAUCGCAGCCAGAUAGGAGCUGUUCAACAACAACACCACCGACUCCACCUAUGGCACAGCCUGUGGCACAGAGGGCCGUCUCCCAGUCUGCCUCCUUCCAGGCUGGAAUGACCGAGGAGCAGGCCCUGCAGAGGGCGCUGGAGAUGUCUCUGGCAGAAUCCGCGCCCAGCUCCCGGCCGGCGCUCAGUCCUCAGGAGCAGGAGGAUCUUGCUUUGGCUCAGGCCCUCUCUGUUAGUGAGCAGGAGUUCAGGCUCCAGCAGCAGAGACAACAGGUACCCGGAACCCUUAGAAGUCUGUAGCAUGCUAACGGGACAUCGCCUAGACAAGAGAUACCAAACAGUCCACCUGCAGUGUGUCCUAACCCUCGAUCUGUAACCCCCCCCCACCACCACCACUCGCUGCUGCCUGUCUGCCCGUGACCAUUGGGGAUGUUCCCAUGUCACUGCCGAAGACCCCGCUGAUGUCAUUGGCCAUUCUGAGCCAGUAACACUCAAGAUUUAUAUUGUCCUGGUUGAUUGCUCUGUAUAUAUUUUAUAUAUAUCAUGUCAAUCAUGUCUUCAUGUAGAUAUUUCUUGAAUAAAUUAUGAAGCACAGAAUAAGCUCCAAGAUUUGUGCAUCUUUGAAGUUACUAUUUAAUGUUGAGUAAUGUUUACUUGUUUGACCUCAUUCCAGAUGCUGUGAGGUAAAUAUAUAUGCAAAAUAAUUCUGCCCCUCCACUUAAGAUUCAAAGCAAACCUCCUAUGUCAUGUUAUUUUAAAUUAAUAAAGGAAAUAUGUCUUGUCCUUGUCUUGCCACUAGAUGUCAGGCGAAGACAAAAAAUGAGUCAACUGUCUUUUUAAAAAUCCAUGUAACAUUGGUCUGGGGGUAAUGUUUUUAGAGGUUUGCAAUAGAGGAUUUUUAUGUAUUUAUUAAUUUGAAACUUACAUAACAGAAAAAUUAAAAAUAUUUUUGUGCUCCUAAGGCAAAA